ACAGCAGACUGCAAUCCUCCCUUUUCCCACCCGUUCUGUAGGUGGCGACAAUACCCUAUCUUGAAAUUAUCUGAUGCGGUCCCGCAAGUUGAAGAAGAAAAUGCGAAACAAUUCCGGUUCCGUGGACUUGAAGUGUUGACCUGACAAAAUGCUCGCCCGGUUGUCACGGUUUAGGCCUGCCUUGACCCGUUUUCGCCCUAACCUGGCGUGCGGGACUCGGUUCGUAUCUCAAUCCUCGGGUGCUGCUGGUUCGGCCACAGUGUCGGAUUUGCAGCCCUCGCAUGCCAAAGAAGGCCAUGGACAAGCAGAGGUCAGCGCGUUCGAAAAGAAUCGAGAUUAUCAUGGGUUCUCUCAGGACCCUGUCGUUGACGAGUGGAACAUGAGGAUGGCCUUCUUCUUUGGCAUCUCUAUGGCUAUUGUAGUUGGGGGUACCUUCAUCCACUAUUUGCCAGACCAUGGUAUGAGACAGUGGGCCAGGAGGGAAGCAGAAAGGUUGAUCACACAGAGGGAGGCUGCAGGUCUUCCUCUUAUGGAGGAGAACUACUAUGACCCAAGCAAGAUUGUGCUACCAGGAGCCGGAGAAGAGUAGGAUGUACUAUAAGGAGCUGCACAUUGAUCAUUUGUUUUUUCUGACUGUACAUUUCUCUUCAGUAUAAUGUUAUAAAAAAUAUACUACUCUACUACA